AUGGUUAAAGCUGUUGUUGCUGGUGCUGCUGGUGGUAUUGGCCAGCCCCUCUCUCUUCUCCUCAAACUCUCCCCCUACGUCACUGACCUCGCUCUCUACGAUGUCGUCAACUCUCCCGGUGUCGCCGCUGACCUUUCCCACAUCUCUACCGAAGGUGAAGUCAAGGGUUACCUCCCAGCCGAUGGUGGCCUCGAAAAGGCUCUCACUGGUGCUGACAUUGUCGUCAUCCCCGCAGGUAUCCCCCGUAAGCCUGGUAUGACCCGUGACGAUCUCUUUAAGAUCAAUGCUGGCAUUGUCCGUGACCUCAUUGAAGGUGUCGCAAAAUACUCCCCCAAGGCCUUUGUCCUCAUCAUUUCAAACCCUGUCAACUCUACCGUCCCCAUUGCCGCUGAAGUCCUUAAGAAGGCUGGUGUCUUUGACCCAAAGAAACUCUUUGGUGUUACCACCCUCGAUGUUGUUCGUGCCCAAACUUUUGUCUCCACCGUUGUUGGUGACAAGAACCCCGCCAAGUACAAUGUCCCAGUCAUUGGUGGCCACUCUGGUGAAACCAUUGUCCCCCUCAUCUCCCUCUCAGAACCCAAGGCUGAUGUCCCUGAAGAUAAGCUCGCUGAGCUCGUCAAGCGUAUCCAGUUUGGCGGUGACGAGGUUGUCCAGGCUAAGAAUGGCGCUGGUUCCGCCACCCUCUCAAUGGCCUACGCUGGUUUCCGUUUCGCUGAAGCUGUCCUCAAGGGUGCUGCUGGUGAGAAGAAUAUCAUUGAGCCUUCCUUUGUCUUCCUUGAGGGCAUUGAGGGUGCUGAGGAGAUUAAGAAGGCUGUUGGUGUUGACUUUUUCUCUGUUCCUGUUGAACUUGGUCCCGGCGGUGCCACCAAGCUCUUCAACCCUCUGGAGAAGAUCACUUCUUACGAAAAGGGUCUUGUCGAUGUCGCCAUUGAGGGUCUUUCUGGCAACAUCACCAAGGGCGUGGAGUUCAUCACCAAGGCCUCCGAGUCCAAAAUUUGA